CGGCGGAGGCUAUGGCCGGCGGGGAGGAGAGGCCGCCGGGGUUGGCGCCAGUGGCUGCGUCAUCGAGUUUCGAAUUCGCCCUCAAUUAUGCGGCGUUUUCCGAUCGAAUUCUGCGACUUGAAAUCCCGGCCGAGGAUUCCGAGGCGCGGUUCGUCGGCGAAGGAUCGCCCUGCGACUCGCCGCGUAGCAUAUUCGAGACGGGGCCCGGCUUGGGAGGUACCUCGGCCGAGUCGGUGCGACCUCGCAAGCGCCGCAGACAAGACGACGAAUCUGUACCUCACAGCUCUGAAGCUGAGUUUGGAUCAACAGAUGUAAAUGCUCUAUCCAUCAGUCCUGAACAUGGUGAUGCCACUGAUACACCCUGUCUAAGAGUAAAGCAUAUUCAUGUUAGCUCCUUGUUACUUGCUUCGAAAAGCCCCUACUUCUACUAGCUCUUCACGAACGGAAUGCAAGAGUCGAAACUGAAGGAAAUAACACUGAGGAUUGUGGACUAUGAGGACGAAGCCCUGCCAGAGCUGCUGCACUUUAUUUACAGUGGAAUGUUUAAGACAAGCGAUCCUGUUCUGCUUCUGAAAGUGAUGCGCGUUGCUGAUAAAUUUGAAGUUGUCCACUGCAUGAGCUAUUGCAGCCAGCUGUUGAUUAGUCUGCCGAUGACAAAGGAGUUAGCUCUCUUGUACCUUGAUUACAAUCACUCGGUCUCGAUAUCAAACGCUCUUCAGCCUGUGAAGAUAGCAGCUCAGGAAUUUUUGGCUGACAAGUACAGAAAUCUUCAUAUGUCUGAAGCUGAGGUUUUGGAUAUGCCUCUCUCAGGGAUCAGAGCUAUAUUCUCGAGCAAUAAUUUGGAGGUGUUGGAGGAGGACUUCGUCUGGGAUUUCCUGCUGAAAUGGGCUCAUGCAAAGUAUCCAGAAUCUGCAGAAAGGCAUAGGAUCUUGAUCAAAUCUUUAGUGCCAUUAAUACGUUUGAACCAGAUGAGUUGUGGGAAACUUCUGUCACUUUUGUCUUGCUAGGAUUUGGGCACUCUUCAUUCUGCACGCAUUGUGAUCUCUGCCCUGCUAUACAAGUACAGUUCUGCACACAGAGCUCUUCCUGCUACAUCAUACUUCCAUUGCAGAUUCUUGGAGAGGACAUACAAGUUAAGA